CGCUAUCAGGUCCACCAGCACCACCAUCCCACCACCAUCACCACCACCACCACCUUCUCCCUCCUCCCUCUUCUCGUUCACUAUGGAUUCAUCAUGUAGCUAGACAAUUUGGGUUUCUGUGUUUUUCGUAAUGCGUGCUCUGCUCUUCCCAUGAUUGAGGCACCAACAUAUCUCUGCUUUAUCUUUCCUCUCUUUCUAUCGCAAUUUCAACAAAACCCCAGAAAAAGUUUUUGCCUUUUUCUACCCCAUCACCACAUUUCAGUGCCUGGUUUCACUAGCCCCACAGAGAGAGAGAGAGAAAGAGAAGGAGAAGUGUGUAAAUGAGUAGAAAGUGGAGGGACAAGCACGUGAAAUACAGAGAAUAUAACCCAAUAAAGCAUGUAUAAGAGAAGCCUUGACUGCAUGCACAGAAGGCAAAGACAUGUGUCAUGGAAAAUGACUAAAUAUUGUUAGGUGUUUACACACACUAAUUCUCUUUUCAUUUCGUCUCUCAAACAGAUUGUAAGUUCCAAAAGCUCCCUUCACUUUCAUCACCAUCCUUACUGAAGAAUAUUGACAGAAAAAAAGCUAAAUUAAUAAAUACAAAUAAAAAUAAAAUUUCCUUUCAGCUUCUUUCUCCCUGUUUUACCACCAUUCUUUAUCCUUCUCUUGUUUUUGUUAUCAAGUGUUGGUUGCUGAUGCCUCCACAGACACCCCAUAUCUUCCAUCUUCUUCUCCACGUGGUUUUGUAAUUUUUUUUUUCUCUAACGGCUAUUUAAAGCCCACAACCAUCUUUGCAUUAUAAUUCACCGUUGUUGCUCAGCAAUCUCAAAUUUUCCCUUGCUGGGUUCUUCUUGUUUCGGUUCUUUAAACUGAAUCCCAAUUUACAAAAUUUUCUUGUACUUCACAACCAAUACGCUCUCUAUCUAUUUGUAGCUCGUUUCCUGAACUGGGUUUUUAAAAUUUUCAUCAAUCAUGGCUUUAAUUCUUCGGUUUCGAAAGCUAUGCUUUGUGGAGCCAGUGAGGUUCCAGUCGUUUGAAUCACAACAAUGCGAGAAGAAAGAAAAAAUUGUGGCCUCUGCUAUAAAAAAUAGCUCAGAAAUCAACAAGAAAAGGACUAAAACAAAGCCCAGAGAAUUGAGUUGCAUAGAUUACUGUUGUUGGACGAUUGGGUAUAUGUGCACUAUUUGGUGGUUUCUGUUUUUCUUGUAUCACUGUUUGUCAGCCACAUUGCCUCGGUUUCAGGUUCCUGAAUCACCUGGGACAAGACUUAAACGUGAAGGCUUGAUUGCUCAGCAUCCAGUGGUUUUGGUUCCUGGCUUUAUCACUGGAGGCCUGGAGCUCUGGGAGGGCAAGCCUUGUGCAGAAGGUCUUUUUCGAAAGCGACUUUGGGGUGGUACCUUCUCCGAGAUGUUCAAAAGGCCACUUUGUUGGUUGGACCAUUUGAUUUUGCACAAUGAGACUGGUCUUGACCCACCUGGUGUUAGAGUCCGUGCGGUCCCAGGACUGGCUGCAGCUGACUAUUUUGCUUCAGGAUACUUCGUUUGGGCUGUUCUUAUUGAGAAUUUGGCAAAAAUUGGUUAUGAAGGGAAGAACCUUUUCAUGGCUGCCUAUGAUUGGAGGCUCUCUUUUCAGAAUACAGAGAUUCGGGACCAGGCUCUUAGUAGAUUGAAGAGUAAAAUAGAACUUAUGUAUGUAACAAAUGGUUAUAAGAAAGUAGUAGUGGUUCCCCAUUCCAUGGGGGCUAUCUAUUUCCUACACUUCCUUAAAUGGGUUGAACUACCUCCUCUGUUGGGAGGCGGUGGUGGUCCAGGUUGGUGCAACAAGCACAUAAAAGCAAUCAUGAACACUGGUCCAACAUUUCUCGGUUCUCCAAAGAUGGUUACUAGCAUACUCACUACCGAGGGGAAAGAUGUUGCGAGCUUCAGAGCUAUGCUUGCUGGUAUUUUGGAUUCUGAGAUUCUCGGGAUUCAGACUUUAGAGCAUGUUCUGAGGGUGAGUCGAACAUGGGAUUCAACUGUGUCAUUGCUGCCUAAAGGAGGAGAAACUAUCUGGGGUAACCUGGAUUGGUUUCCCGAAGAAGAGCAGGCUUGUGUUUUGUCAAAGAGAUCCUCGCAAACCUUGGUAAAUGACAGCAGUACUGAUGUCAAAGGAGGUUUACAAUUGAAAGAGUCCAUCAAGGGUGGAAGGAUAGUUUCUUUUAGCAAGUCAGCUUCGCAAUUACCAUCCUCGGAGCUUCCCCCUUUUGACGCGAAGGAAUUUUUUGGUGCGCAUACCGGCAAGAAUUCAGGGUCCUCAUGUGAAGAGGUUUGGACCGAAUACGAUUUAAUAAACAGGGAAAGUAUACGGAAAUUUGUAGAAAACAAAGCUUUUACAGCUGCAACUGUUUUUGAUUUACUUCGUUUCGUAGCUCCAAAAAUGAUGCAACGUGCUGAGUCUCAAUUCUCUCAUGGGAUUGCUGACAACCUUGAUGAUCCUAAGUAUGAACAUUACAGAUACUGGUCUAACCCACUAGAGAGCAGGUUACCUGAUGCACCAGAUAUGGAGAUAUACUGCUUAUAUGGUGUUGGAGCUCCUACUGAAAGGUCAUAUGUUUUGAAGGUAUCCCCAUCUGAUAGGUGCAAGAGUAUUCCGUUCCGGAUCGACACCUCAGUCGACGGUGAAGAGGGUAGUUGCUUGAAAAGUGGAGUGUAUUCAGUUGAUGGGGAUGAAAGUGUUCCUACACUGAGUGCUGGCUUCAUGUGUGCCAAAGGUUGGAAAGGAAGCACACGGUUCAACCCAUAUGACAUUCGAACAUAUGUAAGGGAGUAUCAACACAAACCAUCAACAAGCCUUCUUGAGGGACGAAGCAUAGAAAGUGGAUCACAUGUUGACAUCUUGGGAAAUUAUGCUUAUGUUGAAGAUAUACUAAGAGUUGCUGCUGGAGCCACUGGUGCAGAUAUCGGAGGCGAUAGGAUUCAUUCUGACAUCUUGAAAAUGUCUGAGAAAAUAAAGCUUCAGCUGUGAUUAUAUUACAAGGUAAAGAUACACUAACCACGAUGACCGGAGUUGAUCAGCUUCACGGCACAACAAGAGUACUAUGUAGAGUUGCCGAUUGAGGUUCGUCGAUAACUUAUUACGAUUAAACUACAAUGGAAGAGUUGCAUGAGUUUAUGGGGGUUCCUAGCUUGAUAAAAAGAACUAAUUUUCAUGUGAAGAUGUGAGAGUUCAUAGUCAAGUUUUAAGUAUAUAAACUCUAGCUAUAUUCAUGAAGCGUCCUACAGGAGACCAUGCUCUAGUAGACUGGUAAUGUUGUGAGUGAGAUUUGACAAGCUGGGGUGCCAAUUUUAUCUGAGUUUCUAUCAUCAAAUAAAGGAUAAUCUUGUUUUACUUGC